UCGGCAGCACCAUGAAGACAGUCGGCCGCCUCCUCGCCCUGCUCGCCCUGCUGGCCCUCGGGACCCAGCUCUCGUCAGCGAGCCAAGCCAAGGAAGGGUACUGCUACCACGUGGCACCUUUGGGGGACGUCUUUGACGAGAAGGACUGCAGCGCCUGCCUCAAGAACAAAUCCUGCUCCGCCUGCGCCAACGAUUCUCAGUGCCCAGGCACCCAGAAGUGCUGCCCGGGAGACUGCGGCUACGUCUGCCAGGAAGCCGUCUCGAGCUUCUGCCACCUGCCCUCCGUCUGCGGGAACUGCAAGGCGAUGUUCUCCCGCUACUUCUACAACGCCUCCAGCCAGAAGUGUGAGCAGUUUGUCUACGGGGGCUGCGGUGGGAACAAGAACAACUUUGAGACGGAAGAGGACUGCUCCAAAACAUGCGUGCCCCCCGGAAAACCAUAGAACGGGAAGACUCUUGGAGAAACGUCGUCCUCGGUUCCCACCUGUCCUUCCCGAGGCGCUAGAUCUAAUACACCGCCCAGCCCUGAAGCAUCCUCUUUCCUGGCCCAGUGGAGGACGUGGCAAGAGGGCGGCCAUCUUGGACUCUGGCCCAGCCAAUCAGGCAGGAGGACUUGGGGGAGUGAUGAUGAGGCUGCUUUUUCCCCUCAGGUCCCGGGACUGCCUUGACCACCCUUUGGUUUCCCGUGUGAUAGGAGCGCAAAAGCAUGUCUCCCCCCCCCCGCUUGAGCACUGGCCUGAGGGAGACAGUCUUCCAGCAGCCUCUCUGUGGCAGCACCUCCGCUCCCAUUCCCUUUCCCUUUCCCAAAAAUUAUGUCUCCGACCAGUGGGGGCCAGAAUGAGAGCUUGUGCUCCAGGCCACAUCUCCUUCCUUUUGUGUGCGAGGCACGGCGCCCUUCCUCCGUCUCAGCAAGGCCUCUGGGGGUGAAAUCCAAGAGCAGCUGCUUGGCAACCCAUGGAGAUGGCCUCCGUCUUGGUCCACGCUGAAGUCCCUCUCCACCUGCCCCUUUCACAGCCAGGCAGCCGGCCCUCUCCUCCUCGCCCGGGGCCAGGUGCACAUGCAAAACCACGGGCCCCCCUGAGGGCAACAAAGAAUGUGAUUUGCCUCCUCUUUGGGCUUCCGUGUGUGGUGAAGGGCUUCGGCAUGAAAGGCACUCUGCACUUGCCCAAGAAACACUCAAAGCCAACUUUCUCUCCCUUUGAGAACCAAGAGCUGGGUCCGCGCCAAACAGAAGACCACCAUCAAAAACAUGACUCUGGUGGAGAGGACCAAAGAUAUCCCUCCUGGGCCAAUAGGCAGAGCGGAGAAACCUUGACUGCUCCCAAGCCAGGCUCUGGAAGAAUCUGGAAUGUUCUGAGCAUCGUACUUUGCAGUUGAGGUGGUUCUCACAACAAGCUGAGUGUGGAUUCGGACCCUUUCAGUCCAGUGUGACUCAUGGGUUCCCCUCAGUGCCCAGGCAUGCCUGAUCCUAGUUUGGAUCAUCUCCGUGGGGCACCACGAAAAGGGGUUUCAGCAUUGCCAGUGCCACUUUCCCCACCAAAAAUGGCUCUGGGAUGGGAGGGGUGCCGUCUGCCCCACGGGGCUUUCUUCCCCACGGCCUCUUAAAAAAGGGAAUAUUUUUAAAAGCCUCAGCAAAAGGGCACAGGUUCAGUCUCUUGCUAGCCACAAUAUCAUGGGCACAAUCCGGGACACGCCGGCCUGUGGGAACGCCUUCAGCCACAUCCAGCCCUUGGAAAAGCCACCCGGGUGGGAACUGGGGGGCAAACUGCACCCUCUCGGUGGCAAAAGGCUGCAGCUGUUUGGAGGCCGGCUGGGAAACUGUGAACUCUUCCUGGUGCUGGUCAGUCGGGAACCUUCUUCUGUCUCUUGCUUGGCCACCCCUCACCUCUGUUCUUGCCAAGACGGGGCAGCAGCGUGUGUAGCAGCAGGUGAAACAUCUGGAAAGGCCCCAGGAGGGAGGGAGGGGGGGCUCCUCGCCUUGCUCAGAGAAGCCGUCUGAUGCUUGGAAUCCAGGGACACCGUUUGGGUCCCACCUUUGGAGGAAGAGAAGAGCCGGCUUGGGCCAGGGACUCUGCUGCUUUGUAACGUGGAAGUCCGUCCUACCUUUCUGUGAA